UAUCUUUGCUGAUCUAUGGCGCUGGCGAGGAUUGGAUUGGCAAUCUAAGGCGAUUUGAACCUUCAACCGGAUCUAGAGCAUUGGUGCUUAAGAAGCAGAUUCUGGGAGAAUACUCAAACCAAUUCGAAAGCUAUACUUUGCGAUGGCAAUCUCUGUGGACUGGACUGUUUUGCUUCUAAUUCUCUUGGAAAUGUUUCAUCUGAAAACCUAGACGCUAGAGUUGCCACCAAUUAUUCCCAGGCCUUGUGAUAGUUGGAAACCAUCCAUCGCUAGAAGUAGUUCGCUCAUUGUACCUGGUAACACUUUCAAAGCGAAACCUUUUUUGACAACCAGCCAGCAGCUAAGCAGCAAUAAGUCGCAGAAUGCCUGUUAACAAUAUCUCGGGAAUUAAGCUCUCCAGUGGACCGACGCAUCUGAGAAGUAGGAUCCUUGUGCGAAACCUACCGACUUGCACCCGCCACGAGCUAGCUAGGCUCUGCAUACCAUUCGGCGAAAUCCUUGGCUCGCUGGUCCUCGGAAACCACGGGUUUAUCCAGUUUGCAAGGGAGAGCGACGCCCAGACCGCCAUACAGAUCCUUGACCAAUCAUUCUUCAAAUCGAAGCUUAUUCUAGUCUCGAGUGCCAGCUUCCGUUCCCUCAGGGCCAAUAACAUCAACUUUGGCCCCGCUGGAGGAGCAUGAUCGAGUGGCCUGAUGAUGAUGAUGACGUUGUCGUCGUGACUCUGCAGUUUCAAAAGCGAUGACGAGGAAGAAGAAGAACAGGGUGACAGUCCGGUAGCGGAAUCAAGCAAGAGGAAGAGUUAGACGCAGAACAGAAUCACGAAGAGGAACGAGAGAGUCGACACAAAACUCUCUCUUGCUCUACAAGAAGAACAUGAUGAUGACGUUGUCGUCGUGACUCUGCAGUUUUAAAAGCGAUGACGAGGAAGAAGAAGAACAGGGUGACAGUCCGGUAGCGGAAUCAAGCAAGAGGAAGAGUUAGACGCAGAACAGAAUCACGAAGAGGAACGAGAGAGUCGACACACAGAGAGAGUCGAUACAACGACGAGGAUGACAAGCAAACCAACAAAACUGGGAAAACUCUUUCUUGCUCUACAAGAAGAACACACCAACUCUCUACAAAAUGAACACAUCGAUAGGCCAAAUAUUUUCGGCCAAUUCACAUAAUCACAAAAAUUCAAACAAUAAUAAAAAUUCUUAAAAC